AUGGCUCCAGUCGCGAAAGUCAAGGCUUGCUUCCCGUGUUCAAGUGGAAAGCGCAAAUGCGACAAAGCGCAACCUGCCUGCACCCGCUGUAAUGACAGAGACGUCGAAUGCCGCUACCCCCCGACCAAGCGAAAAAGACCGCACGCUUCCGCAACAGAUGUCAGCAACAGUCCAAACAUUUCCAAUAGCAAUGAAGGGCCUUCAACUCUGACGAACAUCGCCUUCCCGUCGUCAGCAACUGAUCUUGUUGAUCCGCAAGAGUGGAUACGAAGUCUCGGAACCUUAGGCGCGCCCCAGGAUGACAGCUCCAGCUCUUCAGUGUCGACAAGUCAAAGAGAUGCGACGCAUUUCUUUCUCAAGCCUGAUACAUGGAUCAUCCGACAUAUUCCCUUUACAACUCCAACUUUUUCGAAUGAGAUAUGCAUGAAUUACGUGAGGGGUAUACACGACUUCUUUGAUGAAUGGGUGACGAACUCGCACAGUUCAUUCAUGCAUAGGCAAUUAUACGCGGACUCAGGAUAUCCUGCUGCAAUACAGGAUGCGUAUGCUUGUGUUGCUUUGCAUAAUGUCAAGAACGCGGCGAAUGAGAAUGCCAUUGAUGACAUUCUGGCAGCGAAAAUGGCAGCACUGUUGAAAUCUUAUCCUGAAAAUGAUAUUAGCAGCGGGAGCCUGGACAUACGAGAACACCUCUCGCGCACACAAGCACUCUACGUUCAUCUUGUGUUGUCUCUCUUCUCAUCGUCAAUCGGGGCCCGUGCAAACGGUGAACAACACAUACAAACCCUCAUAUCAUGGACUCAACGGCUCUGGGAAGUGGCCCAUCACGACCCGGAUGUCUGUCAAUCCGACAAUAGUGAUGGCUCAGCUACAUCUGCGAACGCCAUCGUCCUCGAUGCCAUGUUUGACGGUGAUACGACACCUCGUCUAUGGCGGUCUUGGGUUCUAUCAGAGAGUAUCCGACGAAUAUGGUUAAUGGCCACGUCAACGAUCGGUGUAUAUCUGACGUUGAGACAGAAGUGGGCAGAGUGUCACGGUGGGAUCUACUUCACGUCGAGGAAGGAUGUUUGGAACGCCAAGUCAGCGUCUGGUUGGGCUGCAGCUUGCCGCAAAGCCGACCCGUUGUUUGUCUGCAGUCUGGAGUGCGAGAGUCUAUUCUUGACUACAAAGGCGUCUGACGUGGAUGAUAUGCUUAUCAACAUGUUCACGAUAAUGUGGGGUGCGGAAAGAGUUGAGAAUUGGGUUGAACGGACAGCUCAGCCGGGACAGACUGUCAGGGUAUGGAGAGGUGAUGGAGGCCAGAAGUAA